CUUAACAGGACCUGCCUUGCAGCAUCCAAGGAGGCUGACGCUGCCCGCUCUGCACCCAAGCCUAUGUCACCCUCGGAUUUCCUCGAUAAGCUCAUGGGGAGAACGUCUGGAUAUGAUGCCAGGAUCAGGCCCAAUUUCAAAGGUCCUCCAGUGAACGUGAGCUGCAACAUCUUCAUCAACAGCUUCGGCUCCAUCGCUGAGACCACCAUGGACUACAGGGUCAACAUCUUCCUGCGGCAGCAGUGGAACGACCCCCGUCUGGCCUACAACGAGUACCCCGACGACUCUCUGGACCUGGACCCGUCCAUGCUGGACUCCAUCUGGAAGCCUGACUUGUUCUUUGCCAACGAGAAGGGAGCCCACUUCCAUGAGAUCACCACCGACAACAAGCUGCUGCGGAUCUCCCGGAACGGCAACGUGCUCUACAGCAUCAGAAUCACCCUGACUCUGGCCUGCCCCAUGGACUUGAAGAACUUCCCCAUGGACGUCCAGACAUGUAUCAUGCAGCUGGAAAGCUUUGGAUACACCAUGAACGACCUCAUCUUUGAGUGGCAGGAGCAGGGAGCCGUGCAGGUGGCGGACGGGCUGACCCUGCCCCAGUUUAUCCUGAAGGAAGAAAAGGACCUGAGAUACUGCACCAAGCACUAUAAUACAGGUAAAUUCACCUGCAUCGAGGCCCGGUUCCACCUGGAGCGGCAGAUGGGCUACUACCUGAUCCAGAUGUACAUCCCCAGCCUGCUCAUCGUCAUCCUGUCCUGGAUCUCGUUCUGGAUCAACAUGGACGCGGCGCCAGCGCGCGUGGGCCUGGGCAUCACCACCGUGCUCACCAUGACCACGCAGAGCUCUGGCUCCCGAGCGUCCCUGCCCAAGGUGUCUUACGUGAAAGCCAUCGACAUCUGGAUGGCCGUGUGCCUGCUCUUCGUGUUCUCGGCCCUGCUGGAGUACGCCGCCGUCAACUUCGUGUCUCGGCAGCACAAAGAGCUGCUCCGCUUUAGGAGGAAGCGGCGACAUCACAAGGAGGAUGAAGCUGGAGAAGGCCGCUUCAACUUCUCAGCCUAUGGGAUGGGCCCCGCCUGCCUGCAGGCCAAGGACGGCAUCUCCGUCAAGGGCGCCAACAACAACAACACCGCCAACCCCCCGCCCGCGCCGUCCAAGUCCCCGGAGGAGAUGCGGAAACUCUUCAUCCAGAGGGCCAAGAAGAUCGACAAGAUCUCACGCAUCGGCUUCCCCAUGGCCUUCCUGAUCUUCAACAUGUUCUACUGGAUCAUCUACAAGAUCGUCCGCAGGGAGGACGUCCACAACCAGUGA